AUGACUACCACCGUCAAAGAAUGGAUAAAGAAUCUCUGCGUCUAUGAAGACGAUGAAUUUGUCCGCCACAGGAACUGGGGCUUUACUAUCUACCGUACGGGAUACGGACCUUCAUCUGAUCAGCAAUGGCAGCGACUUCUCCAAAAGAUCCAAACCGAUGCGCGCGAAGGGGCUCUAGAAGCGACUGGAACCGAAGAAGACGAAUCUGGCUUCCAACAAGUGUGGGCGCUCUUCCGCCUCGAUGCGCGGUCAGACCCUGCGCUGGCUGGUCUCGAUGUGGAUCAACUUCGCGAGCUGUACAAUAAAGGCGAGGGCGAACAACCAAUGAAUACGGACUACGACCUACACCGAAUAUUCCUUUUUGCCGAUGACGAAGCUCUAUCAGACCCCACCGCUUCCAUCAUCAAGGCUGUGGACGCCGACUACCGUCCAGAAGACCAUGUCUCGCGAAACCCGCGAGUUGGUUCGCAACGUUACUUUGGCUGGAUGCCAAUGAAGGCUGCCAGCGUGGCAGAAUUCUGGAAUCGAUUACAGUUUUCCGACAUGAGUAUGAUCGCCCCUCCAACGAUCGGGGGAAGUCACUUGGUGAUUUGGGAUGGAGACAGCUGGAAAUGA